UACGGCCGCUCCCUGCAGGGCGAGUUCGUGCACGACGACGUGUGGGCGAUCGUGAACAACCCCGACCUGCGGCCCGGCGCCCCGCUGCGCUGGAGCGUCUUCGCCAACGACUUCUGGGGCAAGGGCAUGGCCGAGAACACCAGCCACAAGUCCUACCGGCCGCUCUGCGUCCUCACCUUCAAGCUAAACAUAUUUUUGACUGGCAUGAACCCAUUUUACUUUCAUGCAGUAAAUGUGAUUUUGCACUGCCUGGUGACUCUUGUGCUGAUGUACACCUGUGACAAAACUGUCUUCAAGAAUCGUGGACUUGCUUUUGUUACGGCAUUGCUUUUUGCUGUGCAUCCUGUUCACACUGAGGCGGUGGCUGGAAUUGUUGGCAGAGCCGAUGUGUUAGCAUGCCUGCUGUUUCUGUUGGCCUUUCUCUCCUACACUAGGAGUGUGGGCCAGUGUGGUGUUGGGGAGUGCUUCCCUUCCACGGCCUCUCCCUUCUUCUUGCUGCUCGGUUUGUUUCUGGGGACCUGCGCAAUGCUGGUGAAAGAGACGGGCAUCACGGUGUUUGGAGUGUGCUUGGUUUAUGAUCUCUUUUCCCUCUCCCACAAGCAAGAGAAAUCGAGCAACGGGGCCAUCCAUCAGCGCAGCGCCCAGCAGCCUGGGAGCCCCCAGCCCUCCUCUGUGCCAGCGCCCCCCCUCCGGCGGAAUGGCAAGCAGCAGCGGUUCCCUCACAAAGCCGCUUGGAGUGGCUGCCACUCCCCACUGCCAGCAGAACCCAAGAGCGGCGGGUUCCCGGUGUCUCCUCGAGCUGUGUGGUCCAUGAUGAGGUAUCUGACAGCAAGCAGUAAUAGACAUUUCCUGCUAACCAUGAGGCCAUUCUUAAAAAGGGCCAUUUUGGUCAUAAGUUAUGUGACCGUUGUCUUGUACUUCCGCCUGUGGAUAAUGGGAGGGUCCAUGCCCCUCUUUUCAGAGCAAGAUAAUCCAGCUUCAUUCUCCCCUUACAUUCUCACAAGAUUCCUCACCUAUUCCUACCUCUUGGCCUUCAACAUGUGGCUUCUGCUUGCACCUGUCACCCUGUGCUAUGACUGGCAGGUGGGCAGCAUCCCUCUGGUAGAGACCAUCUGGGACACACGGAACUUAGCCACCAUCCUUCUGGCAGUUGUGAUGGCCUUACUGGGCCUGCAUUGUUUAGCAGCCUUCAAGAGGCUGGAGCACAAGGAAGUUUUAGUGGGCUUGUUGUUCCUGGUUUUCCCAUUCAUCCCAGCCAGCAAUCUCUUCUUCAGGGUGGGUUUUGUGGUGGCCGAGAGAGUCCUUUACAUGCCCAGCAUGGGCUACUGCAUCCUUUUUGUGCAUGGACUGAGCAAGCUGUGCACUUGGCUAAAUCGAUGUGGGGCCACCACCCUGACUGUGUCCACUGUGCUGCUGCUGCUGCUUUUUUCUUGGAAAACUGUAAAACAGAAUGAAAUCUGGCUGUCAAGAGAGUCCCUGUUCAGGUCUGGAGUUCAGACUCUGCCCCACAAUGCCAAGGUUCACUACAACUACGCCAAUUUCCUGAAGGACCAAGGUCAGAACAGGGAGGCCAUCUACCACUACAGGACGGCCCUCAAGUUGUACCCACGCCACGCAAGUGCCCUGAACAACCUUGGAACACUGACGAGGAACACGGCAGAGGCAAAGAUGUACUAUCAGAGGGCUCUCCAGCUAAAUCCCCAGCACAACCGGGCUCUGUUCAAUCUUGGGAAUCUCCUUAAGUCCCAGGAGGAAAAAGAAGAGGCUGUCACCCUACUGAAGGAUUCCAUCAAGCACGGCCCGGAGUUUGCCGACGCGUAUUCCAGCUUAGCUUCCCUGCUGGCUGAGCAGGAGAGAUUUAAGGAAGCUGAGGAAAUUUACCAGGCUGGAAUAAAGAACUGUCCAGACAGCUCAGACUUACACAACAACUAUGGAGUUUUCUUAGUUGAUACCGGCUCUCCCGAGAAGGCAGUGGCCCAUUACCAACAGGCCAUCACUCUGAGCCCAAGUCACGACGUGGCCAUGGUGAACCUGGGGCGACUCUACAGGUCCCUGGGGGACAACAGCAUGGCCGAAGAGUGGUACAAACGGGCCCUGAAGGUGGCACGCAAGGCGGAGACACUGUCGCCCUUGGGAGCCCUGUUUUACAACACCGGCCGAUACGAAGAGGCCUUGCAGAUUUACCGCGAAGCUGCGGCCCUUCAGCCUUCCCACAGGGAGCUGCGCCUGGCCCUGGCUCAGGUUCUGGCCAUGAUGGGUCAGACGAAAGAAGCCGAAAAGAUGACCAAUCACAUUGUGUCAGAGGACACCGGAUGCCUCGAAUGCUACCGCCUGUUGUCAGCAAUCCACAGCAAGCAGGAGCAGCAUGCCAAGGCACUUGACGCUAUAGACAAGGCUCUCCAGCUGAAACCAAAGGACCCGAAAGUCAUUUCUGAACUUUUUUUCACAAAAGGAAACCAACUAAGAGAGCAGAACCUUCUGGACAAAGCUUUUGAGAGCUAUAAAGCUGCCGUGGACCUGAACCCCGAUCAAGCCCAGGCCUGGAUGAACAUGGGUGGGAUCCAGCACAUCAAGGGAAACUAUGUGGCCGCGAGGGCGUAUUACGAGCGCGCGCUGCGGCUGGUCCCCGACAGCAAGCUGCUGCAGGAGAACCUCGCCAAGCUGCAUCGGCUGGAGAAGCGGCUGCAGGAGGUUCGAGAGAAGAGUCAAACGUAGCGCGUCUGAGCUCAUCCCCAGGGACGGGAGCUGGUGCCCCGGAGG